AUGGGCGAUGGAAGUGCCGACAGCCUUUCGCGAGCGCAGAUCCAGCUUCUGCACAGUGCCGUUUGCCAGAGAGGAGAAGAUAGCAGAGUCCAAGGCCCCAGUAUCGAGGAUAGGCGCGUCGAGGGCGACCUGCUCGACGUUGUGCGACGCGUCGAUCAGAGACAGCGUGCCGUCGAGCGACGACGCGACAAGCCGGUCCGACGCGUACCGCAGCGACGUGAGCACGGAGUCUACGAGAGCGCAUGCAACCUGAGCUCUCAAGAUUACCUAACCGAGGGCUUUGUGCCGAAUUGCACAGAACAGGACCUCAAGCUGAACAUGAUGUUCACCGCGGGCGCCGUUCUGACCAACAUCAGUGCGCUUUUGAUUGGCAGAACGCUGGACCUUUACGGCCCGAGAGUGUGUGGACUGAUAGGUGCCAUGUCCAUGCUGUUCGCCUGUCUUGUGUUCAUCUACUCCAGAUCCAUCACGUGGUUUGACCCUUACCUGGUGGGAUACGCGGCGUUGGCGCUGGGCGGCCCAUUCUCGUAUAUAUCGAGCUUCCAGCUGUCCAACGCAUUUCCUGAAAAAUCCGGGCUAAUCCUUGCACUUUUGACGGGGGCCUUUGACACCUCCUCUGCCGUGUUUCUGCUGUACAAAUUUGCCUACACGAGAUGGCCGGACGCUCUGAAAAUCGAAACGUUCUACAAACUGUAUCUUGUGAUCCCGCUCUUUAUCGCUCUGGUCCAGGUCUUCAUCAUGCCAAACGAGUCCUAUCUGACUCCACCAGUCGACCUUAUCCCCAACCCCACCGAGGAACAGCAGCGGCUGGCUGAGGCUCUGGAGCGCGAGGACUCGCUUCACGAGGUGAACGAGAACACGCAUCUUCUGGCCGUUGAAGGAGCAGCCAAGAGAAGGUCCUCGCUUGGAGAGGCAUACAGAUCGGCCUACGUGGAGGAAGAGCUUGAAGAAGUCACAACCCCAACGCCCAACUCUGUCUUCGGUAUCCUGCACGGCUACCCGUCGUCUUACCAGUUCAGAACGUACUGGUUCCUGCUGAUCUGUCUUUUUGCCACCAUCCAGAUGCUCAGACUAAACUAUUUUGUUGCUACCGUUAAUUCGCAGUACACAUUUUUGCUUGGCUCGUACGAGAAGUCCGCCAAGCUGAACAAGAUCUUUGACAUUGCGCUGCCUCUCGGCGGAGUGCUGUCGAUCCCUGUGAUUGGCCGCAUCCUCGACGGCUGCUCCACCUCGCUGGUCAUGUUUAUGCUGCUCGCCGUGUCGAUCCUGAUUGGCGUGCUCAACUGCAUCAAGAACUCGUUUGCGGCCGGAGUUGUCAACGUCCUCAUCUUCGUGUGCUACAGACCGUUCUUCUACACCUCCAUAUAG